CAUAAGGAAUGUAAACAGCAGCAAUAAAAACAAUUCUCUGGGCAGAUAAUAUGGCCGACAUCUUCACAUUUAUAAAUGAGGACAUGAGGAAAACCGUGUCAAUCAACUCUGACUGUGUUUGAGCACCAAGCAUCAUGAUAAACACAGAGUCCACCUCCUCUGGUCCCACCAGAGUCCUGCUCUCUGUUCUGUUGUCUGCCCGUCAAGUGCUGCUUGAUCAGAUCAGAGCCAGGUCUUUGUAAAGAUGUGGGCUCAAUAGUCACUGGCCUCCCGUCGCUGGGUUAGCCAGAAGUCUUAUUUCAUCCAUCCUAUUUUCCUAUGACCGAACCUCAGACUGCUACAAGUAGGCUGGGUAGUGGAGUGCCUCAGGUCCUAGCUGGGUUAGCUUAGCUUCCAUCACGGCUCUCCUCCCUCACCUCCCUGCGGCAGUUCGGUGGCGUUUGGUCCGGCAGGUCUAGGUGGUCGGCCGUGGGCGUCUCGAGGGCCGCUGCACCUUUUCCAAUGCUGAGUGUAUUCUGUCGUAUGCCAUAAGUACUCCAGCUUAACCUGCAAAAUCUACGGUGGCAUAUUCCAGAAAUAUAUGUUACGCAAAUAGUCGUCAUUCUCCGAGUUUAGUUUCUUCAGAGAAAUGUUAAAGAACAUAACAGAAAAAUUGUGUCUGUAUUUUUUUCUGAAAGCUAAGGUUGAAUCGGGGAACACUCUGACAUAUGCAAUGGUGACGAGGGCUCUUGCUCUGCUCGUCCCCAUGACAGAAGCUUCUCUGCUGAUAUGGACCGCUCUUUCAGUUUCAAGGAUUCUUUCAUUUUAUUUCCAAAACAAAUACAAAGAAACACUUGAAUAUCCCAAUACCAAAAUUGAAAUCCAAACGCAUUUCAAUAAAACAUUCAACCCUUUGAGUGGGUGUCUCAUUCCUUGAAGCAGUCCUGUAUACAAAGUGCAACAAAUGCUUGUAGUGGAGAGGGCCUUUAUUACAAUCCCAAAUGUGUCACUAAGCACUUUAAAAAACUGUACAGACUCCUUUCUUUCAUACUGGAAGACUACUUUUUAAGAAAGAGUUUAUUUAACAUAUAGGUAAAGAAGUAUUUUUUGAGGUUGUAAGACGUAAUGUUCUGUUUUAAAAUUCAUGGUCUCUCUCUCUGGACUUUUUAAACUAUGCUAUGCUACCAGGCAUGGUUUCCUGGGCACACUCUCCACCAUUAAACAUGCUAUUUAUACUGAUAGGAAUGACGGGUAGACCUUAAGGCAGAGUCCCCACUGCUUGGGUCCCAGUCCGGCCCAGGACUGGGACCUGGGACCUGCCUGUUGAAGAGUUACAGCAGUUGUUUCGGCUAUGCACCGGUAUGACGGUGUGUGAAAAAUUCAUAUCCUAUGGGAAAUUAGAACCGGUAUACCGCCCAGCACUACCAUGUUGAAUCUAUGCCACAAAGUGUGCAGGCUGUUCUCGGGGCAAAGGGCCCUAUCCAAUGAAGACAGGUCGACCUAAUAUAGUGGCAUAUGAGUGUAUGUACACCGUGUGUGUAAAUGUUUUAAAAACACAUUGAAAUGUAGAGCUUUAAAUAUUUGCAUGUAGGACUGAUGCUUCGCAGGAUUGAUAAUGCUGUGAGACUGACUGAAUUGAUGGUUGCAUAUUGUGGAUAAGCGUGCUAUUCCACUUUCAAUAUCCUGGUCAAUGUUGUAGUCAUCUCCUGUUGUUGCAGACAGCCUUGAGAUUCAGAGUGUUUGCCACCAGAACCUUCCUCCACACUAAGUAAUGGUCAGCCUUCACGCUCUCCCCCAGAGCAACCUGUUGCCUCUACAAUGUUGUUAUCGUCUUCGUGGAAGAGCUGUAACAUGGGCAGAUCAGAUUAAACCUUGAGACACACACACACACUCUCAAACUCAAAACACGAGACGAGAGUACUUAAAACAUCGGAAAACAUGCAAAGCUUUGAAAAUGAUUCAUAUUUUGAAAUCAUUGGAUAGCAAGAACUACUCAUACAAACCGAUUUGUUGUUAAAAGGCUUGUACAAGUGACUAUUUUACAUAUUCACCAAUUGUCUCGUAUUUGGAAUUUAGUAAGUAGUCCAGGAGUGUCUGCCUUUUUACUCAAACACAUGUUGAUUUAAAGAUCAUGAUGCCUUAAUCUGAAUGAAUGUGGAGAAUAAAUGUCACCAUAAAUUGCUUUGCUUAUCAUUUUUUUUAUUGCCAUGUUUUGGCAUAGCAGCCUAUGUAGUUUGAUAGAUGAUUUGAAAAUGCUCUCACUCCGACAGCUGCCUCAGGCUCUUUGUACAUGUCACAUUGUUGGUGCAACAAUGUGACAUCACCAACUGCAUAAUAUUCUCACUGGCAGUUAAGAAAGCUUGAUGAACUUGUACGAACAAGCAUCACAAAAACAGUAUAGAGUUUAGGAUAAGAAUAGAAAAACAAGGCCCAUUCCAUUUAAUCGUAUAAUGUCAUGUUUUACUGCGCUACAUGGCUUUGUUAGCAAGACAAACCCAACAUCCAAGGCAAGAUAUUUGUUUGAGAAGAUUACAAUAGAUUACUCUUUCUUUGUGUUGACACCAAUUUGAACCAUUCAUACACUGGGUUGGAGAAACACACCAGUAGGCUUCAGAAUGCAAUGUUUAUUUGUUAUGAUUAACAUGGCAGCAUUGUUUGUUCGAGCGUUAUUUUUUCUCCCUGCACAUCAUUGAUAAUACACGUACAAAGGUGUAGAUGAACCAUAGUUUUAGCCAGGCCAUGUCACUUUUUGUCUAGUAACUAUGCUACUAGUUCUGCUCAGAACGUGGCUCGUGGUCCCGGCUGAGUCAUCUGUACAGCACCCUCCUCCUGGACCUCGCCACUUCCAGGGGUCGUGAACUUAGUGCUUGCUUUGUCUUUUCUUCCUGCUUGGAGUGAUGGAGCCCCCUGUUCCCGGUGUGACUGUUGACUGACUUUUUUGCCAUGUCAUCCCCAUUGAUAUUCAUUCAACCGAUGUGUUGAUGAUUAAAUUAUUUACUAGAGCGUUGUGUAAAAAUACUGUUAUAGUAAAAGUCCUGCAUUCAAAAUGUUACUUAAGUAAAAUAACAAAGGUAUGAGCAUCAAAAUAUACUUUAAAUGCCCAAAAAUAAAUACUCAUUAUGCAAAAUGGCCAAUUGAUAUUUAGGGUAGGCCGAUGCCAUUGGAAUAUAAUUAUUGAAGCAUUAAUGUGUUUGUCACUUUAAUGUUGCAGCUGGUAAAGAUGGAGCUCAUUUUAACUACUUUAUUUAGGCUAUAUACUACUGAAUACAUCCUUAUAAUGUCUAAGUUAUUGAAUCUGCAAUGUAGCCUAACUAGUCACUAAUAUUGUCAAAUAAUUGUAGUGAAGUUCAAGGUACAAUGUUUCCCUCUGAGUGGACUCAAUGUAUGAAGUUACAUAAAAUGGAACUACUCAAGUAAAGGACAAGUACCUCAAAAUUGUACUUAAGUGCAGUACUUUAGUAACCUAGAUCUACUUAGUUACAUUCUACCACUGCAAGAACACUAAACAGUUAAUGAGCACAAAGUUCUAUCUAGCCUCCUGGACUCCUUUAGCGGGUCUGAGGUCCCCUACCAAAGUAUCUCAAAAUCCUUUGGGGAACACUGAGACUAUAGUGAACUUGCACCCCCACCCACAUCCCAUGUGCCAGCUUGUGUAGAUUAUCUGCUCAUUCAUAGCCAGUCCUAACUCAAUCACUGCCUUCCACCAGAACCAUAACAAAUGACAGCAGGGGAAAUUACAGUCAUUCGUCUCCGUCGACCCACAUCAUGUUGGCCCUCCCUUUCUGUCUUCUAAACCAGGACACCUGUACAAUCUUCAUCCUCUUACUACUCCUCCUCAUUUAGCUCUUUCUCUGUACCAGGAAAGAUCCUACCAUAUAUGUCUCUAGUAUGUAAACUGACAAUUUCCCCCAAUCACAGUUAAGAUUGUAUGGGUUUCCAUACACCGCUGAUCACCAGCAUAUGACGCACAAAUGUCUUGCUACUGUAAAUAAGCUGUCCUUUGAUAGAGGACCUGUCAGGCGUAAAACAGGUCACCUCCACAUCACAACAGGUGUGUUGGGGGGAUAUAUGACUUGGACUGUGUGCGGUGGCUGUUAUUAAGGCAGCUGGGAGUGGGGGUUUAAUUGCAGCUCUUUCUUCUACCACAGAAUUGCUGCUUUCAGUUUGAGUCAAAAUGCUGGAGGCAGAUGUCAGUGUUGCACUUGAGGCAUUUGUCAACUCAAGCUUUCUUUUCAUUCUUAUUAUUUUGCAUCUGGGCAAAACAGAUUUGCUUGAUUGUUUGUAGACCUUUAACAUGAAGAAAUUCAUAAAGACAUACGGUAUGUCUAUGAUGUUAAAGCAACUUGUUCUGGUUAAGCUAUUACAUUAUACUAAAAUAAUAACCUUGAAACAUGUGUAAAUAAUGGAACUGUGUGUGUGCCUUCCUCUUUUUGUCAGAAUACUUUUUUUCUUUUUUAAUCUGUGUUCCUUUUACUAGCAUUUUCAUUGUGUUGAGCCAAAGUGUUGAUGGACAUUCAUUGUGGUUGAUGCAUUGCUUACCCAGGUAUGUUACCAAACAUCUCAAACAAGUAAAUCGUUUAUAUUCAUUAAUAAAACCAAAAUCAUUAAUAAUCCAAAAUUUAAAAAAAAUGAGGAAAACCCUUCACCAGUACACCAUGCUUUAUUCACCAACUUCUUAUGACAACCUAUAGAUUACCAUAGAUGCAAAGUUUACAAAACAUUACCAUGAUCUUUUUAGAAAGUGUUUUUUGAAAAAUGCAAUAUUUACACCUAGUGGAUACAAAACUGUACAAGUGGAUGAUAGAAGAUCAUAACUACCAAGCAAACAAUGUUACAACCACCCUUUCCGAAAUCCCGUGGACCAAAUGCGUCUUUCAAAACACAGUAUGCUCAGAUCUCUGCUGCUAUGGCUCGGGGAUAGAGCGGGUCGUCUUCCAAUUAGAAGGUCGGCGGUUUGAUCCCCGGCUCCUCCAGUCCACAUGUCGAAAUGACCUUGGGCAAGAAGUGUGUGUGUGUGUGUGUGUGUGCGGGUGUGUACAGUGCUUUAAGUGAUCGGAAGACUAGAAAGGCACUAUACAAAUUUACUAUUCACCAAAUCCUCCAGUUCUUAAUAUCUAUAAUAUACCAUAAAUGUGAAUAAAGUUAGAAACAUUAGGAUAAAUAAGUGCUGCUUUGUAGUGAAAAAGGGAGAGUUAACCUCUUGCUUUUGAUAAUUCAUGUUCUUGCACACCACAAUCCUAUCACUACAUCAAGUAGAAGAGUUAUGAACUUGGCCUAUGACCUUUAAAUGAAUUCCAGUCUUCAUCGUAUCUUUUCUCUUGUUACAUGUAUGCAUCAGACGGAGGUUAUCAAGGGGCCGUGUGGCAGCGUCGGGAUGACGUUCAGGCACGUUCCUGCCAGUGAGGGGGAUGCGGUGCAUGUCAGCAUUGAGACGGUGACGCCCAACUCUCCUGCUGCCUUGGCAGACCUGCAGAGGGGUGAUCGUCUCAUCGCCAUAGGAGGUGUCAAAGUAACAUCCUCGGUUCAAGUGCCCAAACUGCUGAAGCAGGCUGGAGAGCGGGUGGUGGUACUUUAUGAGAGAUCUGUUCGUCACCAGACUCCCUCCUCUUAUGGAAGCCUUGGGACUCUUCAGGAGGGAUUUGGGCAGCUGGAGGAAACUGGUUUUAUUUCGCAGCCAGGGGGUUUUGAGGAAGACCCAGCCCCCAUCACCACCCUUUCUGACAUAUCCGACAGCAAAGACAUGGACUCUGAGUUUGAAGAGUUGAUUGUAGACUCCAAACUUAGCCAGACUGGUGGCCCUAACAGCAGCACCACAAAUACCAGUGAUACUAAGGAGGAUUCCUUACUUACAGUAAACCAAAGCCCCAAAAGGACUGUGGCCAACCUGGCCUCGAAGCCCCUUGGUACCAUAUCACCCAUCCUUAACCGCAAGUUGAACCUGGUUGGUCUCCAGUCACCACUAAAGCCCCAGCCCAAAGAAUCACCAAAGCCCUCACCACAUAAAUCCCAUAGUGAUCCAAUGGAGGGUCUGCAACGCCCCACUGUCCCUCCCCCACCUCCUCCUUCUCGCCCCCCAGUGCCGCCAAGACCUCAGAUACGGUUGACAUCAGCCUCCUCAGAAACCAGUAUUUUGGAAGGCAUUGAUUCUUUUACAACUACUAAUGUCCCUGUUGUUCCUACUAUGACUAACACCAUCAGCACUACUGAAAAAUCUCCAGAAAAAUCUCCUCUGACUGGAGCCAAUGAAGAUAAGAUCAGCACGGAGAGGAUAUGUGUCAAACAGGCUGAGGCAAAGCAGUCUACCAGGCCGGCAGAGUCCAGUGAUGAGCUGCCAGUCCCUUCCACUGUGACCAGCAGCAACAAAGCUGAUCAUGCAAAGGACAAAGCAUCAGAGAGCUCCUGCAGCACACGGGACAGUCUAGAGGACCAUUCCCUCUGGGAAUCCCCAGAAACCAUGUUUCGUAACCAGACAGCACGCUGGCCUAAGGCCUCUGUCCUGUUUGAGGUAGAGGGCAACCAUAAGUACCUUAAUGUAGCUCUGUGGUGCAAAGAUCCCUUUAAGCUGGGCAGUUUGUUGUGCCUGGGUCAUGUCAGCCUCCAGCUGGAGCAUAUAGCCCUGGAAUGUAUGGCCACAUCUUCAGCUGAGUACCAGAGCACCUUCAGGUUGGGGCCUCCAGAGCCCAGAGCUAAUGUCAGUCGCACUGCGCUACGGAGCCUCAGCAGCCACAAGGGCUUCAAUGAGAAGCUGUGUUAUGGAGAUGUUACUCUGAACUUCUGUUACGCAGCUGAGGGUGACUUUGAGUAUCCAGGAGGGCUGGCAGAAAGGGAGCGAGAGGGGAGUCUCCAGGAUGAGGAUCUAAGGGAGAGGGAGCAUAUCCCCACUGCACAGCGUGAUGACUUGGCCUACAGCGCCAUGCAGUUGGCGGAGCUUCGUCACAACUUCCAGGACACCCAGUUCCAGAACCCCACGUGGUGUGAAUACUGCAAGAAGAAGGUUUGGACCAAGGCAGCCUCUCAGUGUAUGAUCUGCGCCUACGUUUGCCACAAGAAAUGCCAGGACAAGUGCCUCGCUGAAAAUCCCUUCUGUGUGGCAGCAACUGAACGUCGCGGAGCUGACCCUGAAGCCAAAUCCACCAUUAACCGGGCCACCACUGGCCUCACGCGUCAUAUUAUCAACACCAGCUCCCGCCUGCUUAACCUCCGCCAGGUGCCCAAGACUCGGCUAGUUGAGCAGGUGGCUGAUGUGGUGCCUGGAGCGGUGGAGCCCUCACCUAAGCAUACGCCUAACACUUCAGACAAUGAGAGCAGCGAUACUGAGACCUACACGAGUGGCGCCAGCCCCUCAAAGCAGCCUGUUGGCAGUGGUGGCAGUAAUAAACUUGUACGCAAGGAAGGUGGGUUAGAUGACAGUGUGUUCAUUGCGGUGAAGGAGAUAGGCCGCGACCUGUACCGGGGGCUGCCCACAGAUGAGCGCUCUCAGAAGCUUGAGUUGAUGCUGGACAAGCUGCAGCAGGAAAUUGACCAGGAGCUGGAGCACAAUAACGCCCUGCUGCUGGAGGAGAGGGAGGCCACAGAUGCCCGGCGCAAGGCCCUAAUUAGUACUGCCCUGGCCAAGUCUGGGGAGAGACUCCAGGCCCUCACACUGCUAAUGAUCCACUACCGAGCAGGAAUUGAGGACCUGGAGUCAGUGGAGAGCACCUCUCCUUCAGAGCAGCAAGGCUUUAAAGGCAAAGCAGAAGGCCUGGAGGAAGAGGCCCUGAUGGGGACAGAGGUCUAUGACAGUGACAUAUGCAGCCCCGUGGAGGUGCAACUGCUGGAUGACAUUACGGAGGAGCAGAUCUGUGUGGAGGCACUCCACUAAAUAGACUAGAAAGGAGAAAGAAGAGGAAACGUGGACUUGGGACUCGUGCCUCCAAAUUACAUUGUGUCCAGUUUGUUUAUGGGGAUUAGGGAAUUUCAGCAGUCCAUUUGAAAUAUUGGGUAUGUUGGGGUCCAGUGUUUGAUUCACACGUUUCGUGAGAAAAAGACAGGCUGGGUAAAGGAAUUCCCUCCCUAAAGAUUCAUGUUAUUGGUGUCUUGAUUUGCACAAUAUGAUGCUAUUUCCAUGCUCUUGGUUUUUUAAGGGAAGCUUGAGAGCUCCAUUAUUAUCUGCCCUCAGUAGUGCUGCAUGUGUGUCCUCCAGUUUUGUUUUUCUGCAGCUUCAAAAUGUCGUUGUAAGCAAUGGAUUCAGUUUGCUUUCUUGUCUAACUGCUUUGACAUAAGGACUUAAGAAAAUGUACACAUUUCUGUGGUCUACUCGUCUGAAUCAUCUUAACUUUGGGGAAGGAAAAUAAUUGUUCAAUAUUUGUUUCCUGUGAGUAACAAACUGAUAUGAAGGUGAAAUAUUUGAGUAAAUAACAGUGAAUACUACCGGGGAAAAGAAGGUUUAGACAUCCACCUUAGUGGAACGGGACCUUAUGUUUUUAUUAAGCAAGCUGUCAUACAUAUUUUUAGUUUUGCGUGUUGUUUUUUACAGUAAUAUAUUUGAAUUCUCCCUGCUCACUAACCUCUUUGGGAUUCCAGCAGCUGCAUAGUCAUUAGUGGAGUGAGUCUUCUAUAUGGUUUUACUCUUUCUUUUGGUGUAUUUGUUUCUAUUGGUAAGGCCAACAUGUUUUACAUCUUACCCAUGUCUUGUCUUUUCCCUCGGAGGGGUUAAGGAGGUAAUUGUCCUGCGUUGUAAUUAAUCCAUUUCUUAACCAUUUCUGUUAUGUCUCGCUAAGUCGCAUCUUUUACACCCCAUCAACUUCUGAAACUCAAUCAAAACUUCAUGGGGGUAUUUGAUACAUAAUUGACUUUUUUGAUUAAUCUCUGAAUGAAUGUUACCCAGGAGCUCUCAAGAUGUAAAAACUCUCCCAACAUGUAUUUAAAUUGGUUUAGUGCGUGUGUGUUUUUUUUGUAUGAAGAUGAUAAUUUUCAUGCUUCAAGAAGCUAUGAUGUAAUUUAGUGCAGAUUAUUUGCCUUCAUGAGUUGUUUUCAUGCCCAAAUGAAUGUAUGUUCAGCUCUUUCUGUGUUUUGUGUAUAUACAGUUGUUGGGCACUGCCUUCCCCCAUUUCCUUGCUAACCAUCAAGAAUGAAUGUAGCCUGUGUCAGUGUUUCUAUCAGGACCAGCUCCAGCUCCACAAUGCUCUGCUGUUCAUUUAUCGGUUACACCUUCAGAGACCCAAUGGUAAGAAUCGUUGAGGAGGGAAGAGCUUACUCUUGCAUAUCUUUGAAAAAAUCUACCCUGGAACAUUGAACAUUUUCAAAAACAAUUUGGAGGUGAUGUCCUUUCUUUUUGUUUACAUGACAUAUUUCCAGCACAUGUACAAAUGAGUUUGUUUUGAGUACAUGUUAAGAUAGUACCAGUACUGGGGUUUGGGAAAGGACUGCAUUAGGGCUAAGACUACGGUUUUCUUGAGAUACCAGAGGGUAGAUUUCUCCAUAACUGUAAGGAGACUCCAAAUGGACUUAUCCAAGCUAAUGCAACAAGAGAAGUCAUCUGUAAGAAGCAGCCACACAGUCCCUGUUCUUUUCUGUGUAAGAGAUAUGUUGCUCAUGUGGAUAUUGGCUUGCUGGCUGCUAUACUUGUCAAUCUCUGUCCCUGUAUAUCCAGAUUUUUGUGCAAUAUUUUUGUAGGAAAUGAAGCUGAUAAUCAGGAAUGAAUCCCCAUGUCUUUGACUCCUCUGCUGUUUUCUUUAAACACAUGUAGUGUGUGCCCACCAGUCUGGUAGUGUAACCUGAGGGGGACCAAUGAGAACCCGAGAGGAGGCGUUCGCUCCGUAAACCCCUCCUUUGGCCUGAUAGGCGCUGCUUUUGCUGCUGCAUCUGUUACAAUGUGCUCUUCCACCACGGCUUUCAGCAGGUUGAGAUGGUGUUUGUUCCUCAUUGUGUAUGUGAGGGAUGUGGCACACAGUUUUCAAAAGGCUCAUGUGAUGAAGCUUUAUUGUACAUAACCUAAAUAAACAAGCUCAAAUGAA